UUUUCAAGUUAGUACUGGUACAUACUAUGUACAUUAGGAAGUGUUUUCCUUUCUAAAGGAUAAAGCUUGUUAUUUGGAAUGUCUUGGUGGUUUAACAUGAAGAGGGAGUUAUAUGAAUUGGAGAAUUAUAAAAACCUAUUGGGGGUCAUCUAUGAAGGAGCCCUUAAGUUUUGUCUGCAGCUACUUAAUCUACUAAUUGAAACCAGCUCAACAGAAAAUGCAUGCUGAAAACUAGGGAAGGUAGGGAUCACAAAUAUUUCCAGACAGUUUAUCAUCUUCUAUGGAAAGUGGUAAUGUUACUCUCUGAUGACCUUCUUUUCCUGAACUCAAUCUAUUUGUUCAACCAGAAGGAUGCUUCAUUCAUCUACUGUCAAAGCACUAUACUGAAGAUAUAAAAUAUGACAUGUUGAAUCUUAAGAAGUUCAUUGUUUCAUUCAAUAAUUAUUAAGUAUCAUGAACUGAACAUACAAAGAUAGAAGACAAACUCUUUCCUCUGUUUUCUCCCUCAUUCUUUGGAAACUGUUUGCUAUGAGUACAUGUAUCUUUUUUUAAUAUGCUUGUGGCACCAUGGCAAUGGGCCACACACUUGGUAUAAGGCCAUCAACAAGACACAGUUGAUUGAAUACAAUGACAUCAUAGGUAGAGUACUAGAAUGGUUUAGAUCCCUCAGAGGUCAACAUGGGAGAUUCCAGGAAAGUUCAGAAAAAGGCACCUAAUUUAGCCUUUGUGUGAGAUGGAGAAGGGGCCAUGGGCUGAUAUUUGAAUAAACAGAAAUUAGUAAGGCAAAGAAUACUGAGGGAGAUGGAAGGUGGAGCAGGAUAACCUGGUCAGACGUCAGUUUUCUGAUCCUGUAGUCCAUGGAGCUGAAAAUGCCAUUAGUUGCUCCUAGCACUAUACAGCUGGGAGCAAGUCUUAUAGGAUUGCAUCCAUUUCUUACAUCAUUUUAUGUAUUAACAGGAAAGCAGUCUCAUCUGUGAUGCUGGGGAUACCCUAUAACCACACAGUGGAAACUCCUGCCACCUUCUUCCUUGUGGGUAUCCCAGGUUUGCCAUCUUCCCAUCUUUGGCUGGCUAUUUCACUGGGUGCCAUGUAUACCAUAUCCCUGUUAGGAAACACCCUCAUCAUGACCGUAAUCUGGAUGGAUUUCACUCUACGAGAGCCCAUGUAUUGCUUCCUGUAUGUACUGGCUGCUGUGGAUAUUGUUAUGGUCUCCUCUGUGGUACCAAAGAUGGUGAGCAUCUUCUCUUCAGGAGAUGGCUCCAUCAGCUUUAAUGCUUGUUUCACUCAGAUGUAUUUUGUCCAUGUAGCCACAUCUGUGGAGACAGGGCUAUUGCUGGCCAUGGCUUUUGACCGCUAUAUAGCCAUCUGUAAGCCCCUGCACUACAAGAGGAUUCUCACACCUCAACUGAUGCUGGUAAUGAGUGUGGCCAUCACCAUCAGGGCUGUCAUAUUCAUGACUCCACUGAGUUGGAUGGUAAGUCAUCUGCCUUUCUGUGGCUCCAAUGUGGUUCUCCAUUCCUACUGUGAGCACAUAGCCGUGGCCAAGUUGGCAUGUGCUGACCCCAUGCCCAGUAGUCUCUACAGUGUGAUUGGCUCCUCCAUUAUUGUGGGCUCUGAUGUGGCCUUCAUUUCUGCCUCCUAUAACCUGAUUCUCCAGGCAGUAUGUGGUCUCUCUUCAAAGAAUGCUCAAUUGAAAGCAUUAAGCACAUGUGGCUCCCACAUGGGGGUUAUGGCUCUGUACUACCUACCUGGGAUGGCAUCCAUCUAUGUGGCCUGGCUAGGGAAGGAUACAGUGCCUCUGUACAUCCAAGUACUGUUAGCUGAUUUGUAUUUGAUCAUCCCACCUACCUUUAACCCCAUCAUUUAUGGCCUGAGGACCAAACAAAUGCGGAAGCGAAUAUGGAGCUUACUGAUACACUGCCUCUUUGACCUCUCCAAACUGGGUUCAUAAACACAAAUUCCAUUCAGAUCUUGAGCAAUCAAGAUGACUCAAGAUCAAGCAUUCAAGGAUACCUUAGAAAUUUGUAGAGCUGGUUUGGUUUGUCUAGCACCAGAAAGAGUUCUAAGAUGAAGCUGUAAAAGGUAUUCUUGCCUAAUUUUCCAGUUUCUAGUAAGAACGUGUAUGGAAUGAUUAAUUUUAUGCCAACGUCUUUAAUGGUUUCAAUCAACUAGUAUCUGUAUAAGAGAUGAGUCUGGGCAGAGAAUACAGAUUUGGGGUUUUUCUUUCCUUAGCUUCUGACCCUUAUGUUCAACUUAGUAUCCUAAAAAUCUCCCUGCAGACAGAAACCAACAGUUUAGUCCCCCCAUACCUGGCUGAUUUUCUCAUAAUUGUUCACUUCUCAUGUGAUUAUUAUGAAAGCAACUGUUAAUAUAUAACCCUGCCUUCUGGCCCAUUGAUGAAUCCGCUCCACUUGGGUCAUGUGCUUAUAACUCAACCAGAGUAAUUCUCUAGUCAAACUGGAUCCCAGUUUAUCUGAGGAGAUAAUAAACUUGGGAUCACUGAUUGUGGUCAUUUUCUAACACGUGAACUUGGAAAGAGAAAUCUAUACCACAGCAAGAUAUCAAAUUAGCAAGAUGGGAUGAAGAAACCAAGUCUCUGGUUCUCUGAUUCCAAUUAAUUUUGGACACCCAGGUACAUCUGUUACUAAGUUUUGUAAGAUACCUCUAUAUCCUUUUAAUUUCUCUCCUAUUGUGAAGCUAGUUGGAGUCAGUGUACUAAUAACCAGGCUUUUGCUUUUAAACAGCAGAAAUUAAGGCAAAAUGAGUCUGGUUGUGGGUAUCUUCCUCUUUGCUUCCCAGUCCUGUUCUGUUUAACUGAACUGUAAGGCAUAAAAGAAAAGGAUCAAAUGUAACAUAGGUCUUUCUUCGUUUGGACACCACCAUAGAAGUGUGCUCUGGGAUGAGGAGGUUAAUAGAAAACAAUAUCAAUAAUGAUGCUGAAAUGUGACUAUUCUUUUCCAGGUCACCAGAUGUUGGUGUUUGGGUUUUGUUUUUAUUUUUAACUUUCUGAGAGUCUUAAAUUGAAUAAGCAGUAUAUGUUAAAAGAAGGUUUCACAUGUAAAAGACACAUAUAUUUGACUCUGGUACAUGUGAAAAUCUAUCUUAAUAAAAGAUAAUUUCCAAUAGUGUUACAACAAGUUAUUAUAUCUGAGUCUUAAUAUUUCCUUGCUACUGAUGGAGGAUAUACAAUGCUAAUUCAUAGAGGGCACUAAAAAUUAAAGAAAAUAAUGAAUAGAGAGUGCAUAACAUAACAUCUGAUAUACUGUCUCUACUUAAAAAAUAUAUGCCCCAAAUUUCUAAUUCUAUAGUUUUAAGGGGUAGGUCUAGGCACUAUUGAAACUGUAUUCCCAUGUAGGUCAGUACUCAUGUGAUAACUGUUCCAAAUAAUCUGCUUAACAACUUAGCAUCCAUACCUUUGGCAAGCACUGAAAUUAUUUCCCUACUUAGCAUGUAUUCUAUUUCAGAAUACCAGUGAAGUAGGAAUCAGCUUCUAAAAACCUGAUAAUGAUGCACUGAGUUCCCAAAGAGUAGGAAAAAGGAACCCCUCUUACAAUCCUUAACAUAAAAACAAAUCAAGAUCAUGAAGUGGUUAAAUGCAUUUGAUAAGAUUUCCAUUUU